AUGCCUCUGAAUUUUCUGGGUUCAGUUAUCACCGAAGGCACGGGCGUAAUUCCUUACUAUGACCAAAUAAAACGAUAUGGCCCACCAUUGCUGGUGACUGGGUUACUAAAAAGAUAUUUCGCCGGAGCAACAAAUACAUGGGAAAGAGAUCUCCAUGGUAGAGUAGUAAUUAUAACUGGUGGAACAUCCGGAUUGGGUGCUGCAGUUGCCCGAGAUUUAGCGGAACGAGGAGCCCAGCUUAUUCUUCUAGUCAAGACGACUCAGGAUGAAUGGUUGGUGAACUUCAUUAAUGAUCUCCGAGAUCUGACAGGUAAUCAUUUAAUUUAUGCCGAAGAGGCAGACUUAGCAGACUUCUACUCAGUUCGAAAGUUUGCUACCAAGUGGAUCAACAACAGUCCUCCUCGGCGACUUGAUAUGGUAAUAUGCUGUGCUGGAGUGGCAUUACCACCCUCGUCUUCUCGUGCUGCUACACAAGAUGGUGUUGAACUGCAUCUUCAAACCAAUUAUAUGGGACACUAUCAUUUACUAAACAUUCUGUCACCAGCUCUACGAGCCCAGCCUCCAGAUAGAGAUGUGCGGGUGAUUCUCACAUCGUGUAUUUCGAGCGUUAUGGCUGACUUUGACAUAGGUGAUCUUGAAUUUUCUAGAAGAGGAUACCCCUCAUACCGACCCUGGAGAGUGUUUGGAUCAUCUAAACUUGCACUGACUCUGUUUGGGUACGAGUUCCAGCGUCGUUUGAACGAAUAUGAGCGUCCCGACAAAGCCCCUAACAACGUACAUGUGUCUAUAGUAGACCCUGGCAUGAUGAGGUCGCCAUCUUUCAAAAGAUUUGUGUCAAUGGGCUCGUUAAUCGGCCUUUUAAUUUACGUUCUAUUAUGGCCCAUUUGGUGGUUCUUCCUCAAGACAAGUAUCGACGGCAGCCAGUCGAUCCUGUUUGCUGCUAUGAGUCCCGAAGUAAAGGAUACACUCGAAGCCACUUACAUCUCCGAGUGUCGAGUUCGCCAAGCCCCUCCCCGGAAAGAAAUCACAAGUCCUGAACUGCAAAAGGAUCUGUUCGAAGUCACCGACAAAAUUGUACAAGAAACAGAGAAAAGCUCUGUCAUCGCCCGAAAGCGAAUGGAGUCUAAGAACAGCGAAAAGCCCAAUGGCGACACCAGCUCCUUCAAAACCGACAACAGCACAAAAAAACCGGCUUGCACCACCGCCAAAACUACCGCCACCAGCCAGACAGCCUCGUCGACUGCCAAGGCGAAAAAGACCAAAAAGACACCCAAAAUAUAA